GCUGCUGAGAUCAUGGAAAUGUCAUUGUAUCUGAUCCAAAAGAAAGUGCACCGGAAAUACAAAAGAUCAACCAAUGCUACCGAUCUCCUUUCACCAGACGUAUUGAAUGCUCUUGCAACCACAUCAGGAUGUUCACCUCAGCUGCAGCCUCUAACUUGCUCCAGCAGUUGUUUGGCCCAAAAAUACAGAUUGAUUAAUGGAACCUGCAACAACAGAAAUAAUCCCAGGUGGGGAACAUCAAAUACUGCUCUUGCACGAUGGCUUCCUCCAGAUUAUGAGGAUGGAUUCAGUCAACCUAAAGGAUGGAAUCCUGGACGCUUGUACAGAGGUUUUAAGUUACCCCUUGUCCGAGAUAUAACCAAUAAAAUUCUACGAACAUCCAAUAAGACAAAUAUGACAGAAGAUCAUCUUUAUUCACACAUCCUAGUUGAAUGGGGUCAAUACAUUGACCAUGAUUUUGCAUUCACGCCUCAGAGCACCAGUCAAGUUACCUUCACAGGAGGAGUAGACUGUAGGAACAUCUGCCAUAAUCUGAAUCCCUGUUUUCCAAUAAAGGUACUUCAAAGUGAUCCCCGCUCAAAAAUAAAUGAGUGCAUCACAUUCUAUCGUUCCUCACCUACAUGUGGAACAGGAGAUCAAGGAACGGCCUUUGAAACUCCAUCAAAUCUGAAUUCUCGACAACAGAUUAACGCAGUAACUUCCUUCAUUGAUGCUUCAACUGUCUAUGGAAGCACUCCAGCCCAUGAGAAAAAGCUAAGGGACCAUUCAAGUAAGGAGGGCCUCCUUCUCACUAACCCAAAAUACAAGGAUGGCAGCCAUGAACUGUUGCCCUUUGUGGAUCAGGCACCAUCUCCAUGUUUUCAAGAGCCUAAUGUUACUCAGAAUGAAAGAAUAGAAUGUUUCCUGGCAGGAGAAAGUCGAGCAAAUGAAGUUCUUACUCUUGCUUCAAUGCACACAAUAUGGAUGCGUGAGCAUAAUCGUUUAGCAAAGGCCUUGCACAGGAUAAACCCUCACUGGACCUCAGAAACCAUAUACCAAGAGGCACGUAAAAUCAUUGGCGCCCUGCAUCAGAUUCUUACAAUGAGAGACUACAUUCCAAAAAUCCUUGGUUCUCAAGUUUCUGAUCAAUUCCUUGGAAAAUAUGAUGGAUAUGAUGAAACACUGAAUCCCACAUUAUCCAAUGUGUUUGCAACUGCAGCUUUCCGUUUUGGUCAUGCAACUAUCAGUCCUAAGAUACAAAGAUUUGAUGAAAAUUAUAAGGAGCAUCCCAAGUACCGAAGUAUAAAUCUGCAAAACACCUUUUUCAGUCCUUGGAGAAUCAUUAAAGAAGGUGGUUUAAACCCCUUGUUCAGGGGGCUGCUGGCAAAACCAGCAAAACUGCAGACAUCGGAUCAAAUGAUGAUUGAAGAACUGACAGAGAAACUAUUUACUCUGACAAAUGCUGUAGCAUUGGAUCUGGCAUCUUUAAAUCUGCAACGAGGGCGAGACCACGGACUUCCUGGAUACAAUGACUGGAGGGAAUUCUGUGAACUGGAAAGAUUAGAAACUAAAGCCAAUUUAAGGAAAGCAAUAUCUGAUUUAGAUUUAGUUGAAAAGAUAAUGGAUCUCUAUGGGCAUCCAAACAAUAUUGACAUCUGGCUUGGUGGUUUGGCAGAAGAUUUUCUCCCUGGAGCCAGAAUUGGCCCAUUAUUUGCCUGCUUAAUUGGAAAACAAAUGAAAGCUUUAAGAGAAGGCGAUAGGUUUUGGUGGGAAAAUCCUGGUGUCUUCACAUCAGCUCAAAGACAUGAGCUUUCCCAACAUUCAUUGUCUCGUGUCAUUUGUGACAAUACCGCAAUCACUGAGGUGCCAUUGGAUGCUUUCCGAUUAGGGCAGUUCCCACAACAUUUUGUACAGUGUGAUCAAGUUCCAGGGUUGAACCUUCAGGCGUGGCAUGAAAAUCCUCAACAAGUUGGAUCGUGUGGGCCUCCACCACCAAUAGAAGAUGGAGCGUUUGUGCUAUGCACCAGCUCUGGACUAUCCAUCAUUUCAUAUGUUUGUCAUCAUGGUUUUCACUUGUUUGGACCAGAGGAAUUGAUCUGCAGUGUCAAGGGAUGGAGCAGUGAUCCACCAGUCUGCAAAGGUGUUGUCAUUGAAAGAGGAGCACACCGUUCAGAUUUCCCUGCCAAUAAAACUACUGCACCUACAUCAUGAAUGAGGAUUGAGUCAAGAAAUCGUAGAUACUGGAAGAUCCUACAUCACCAUGUUAGUGAGAAUAAUGUUAUGAAAUAAACUCAUUUCACUGAA